AUGUUUGCAAUAAUUUCCAAGCCUCCGAUUCAGCACAGACCUCCCAAAACAUCCUAUCUGUGUAAAACAGUUUGCCAUAACAACAAAAACAACAGCAACAACAUCCUCGUCAACAAUAGCAGCAGCAACAACUUCAGCAUCGUCAACAACAACAACAACAAGAUCAGCAACAUUUUUGACGACAAUGAAAAUUUUUUUAGCCUUACCAACAGAGGCAACCGAUGUUUUCCUACCUCGUUUGAACAACUGAACAAUAACAUGAAAAACUGCAUUUGUGAAAAAAAAUACACCGAAGAACUAAAAAAUUCACAAAUGACUGCAAGUUAUGAAAGUAGCGCUGGAAAAUUAAAAAAAGAUGUUGAAAACAAAAAUUUUAAAUCCAAUGGCAUUCAGGUGAACGAUCAUAAUAACCAACACAGUCACAUCAACUACAAAUGUAAGUCGUACUCUCCAAACAAUUUUUUAAAAUUUCCAACAACAAAAACAAGCAACGUUAAUGCAAAUAAGAAUAAAAUUUCUAAUGUGAGCACUGCGGAAAACGUUAAUAGAAUUGAUGACACCAUUCAAACUGAAGCUUCAAAUUUUAGCGGUACAUCCGAUGGAAACACUUACCACAAGACAAGCGCGAACACACUGUAUGUUGUUGACACCGACACCAACUCAUCCCUCCCGCCAAUGAUUCCAUCAUAUGCAAGUUUAAAAAAGAAAAAAACAAAUAAUUUUCUUUUUCAUGCAUUUGCUGUUUUCAAUAACAAAUAUCAAAAUAAAAGCAAAAACGCAACUAAUGAAAACAAGCAUGACUUUAAUCAGAACGACGACGACCAUCCAAGAAACAAACUGCCAAACAAUGCUUCUCCAACAGUCAAAAAAACUGUCACAAUUGCCAAAACAUGUUCUAGUAACAGUCUACCAGCCUUAAACCAAAACAUUAUCAACAAUGACAACAGCAAUAACAACGGUAGUGAUAAUAAUAUUAAUAACACAAAUACGAGUGAUUGCUUACUCGGUGUAUUUUCAACCAUCAUGCCUCAGCACAACUCUCUCAUGAUUCGUGAUGCUGUCGAAAGAAGUAGUGACUCAUCAAUCAACGAGAAACAAACAUCAGCAACUGUUGCUAAGCAAAAUAAAUUAUCAAAAUCUAAACUUUUAUUUAAAAACAUUCAUAGAAGAUUAUCACUACCAAAUAAUAAAACCGAACAACAAAUAGUAGGACAACAAUCUUCUCAACAACAAUCGCAUCAGAUUCAGCAAAGAGAAUUACAAAAUAAUGGAGAUCAAGUAAACUGGCAAUAUUUUUCACCCGCAAAACCAAACCAAAAUAAUAAGCCACAUUAUGAAAGUUCUUCUAAAAUUAAACAAAGACAACCAUCACCUCAUCAACAAAUGCAACACUUGCAUCAUCAUUUAAAUCUUUCAGCACGAAAUUCCAUUGUGCAGAAUAAAAAUAAACAAUUAUCAUACCCAUCUCAACAACAACCAUCACAUCCAUCCCAACAACAGCUACAUUCAUCAUUACUUUUUUUUCCACAAGAAGAAGACUCGAAGCGUCGCCAACAAACCAUACAGACGCGUGAUAAAGAAGAGGAACCGCCACUACAAAAGCAAAACAUUCAAGAACCACGUCGUAUGCGUGCUAAAAGUGCAAAUUCUCCCAUUGGCCAGCAGAGCCUUAUGAGACUAGCUCGCAGUUAUAAUGUUGGCAACAAUACUUACAGCGAUGACAACAAGAUCAAUGAAGAAGUUGUAACGUUCAACUCCGUUGUAAACGCCAUCGACAACAAAAGAACAUUUGGUGUUGAGCCAUUCCAGAUAAACAGCCAUAAUUUAACCAAGAACAAUUUCUAUAGCAAAAAUGGAGUCUGUUGUAGCAACUCCAGUGAAAGAAGCAUUUACAAUCAAACCAACGACAUAAACAACAAAAUGAAGAACAGAAACACCAAAAUAUCUCCAGUUAUUCAUGCUAAAAGUAACGCUUUGUUCAAAAAUAAUUCGCUUCAAACAAACAGUUUUCCAGAUAAGGUGAUGCAAGACAACGAAUUCGGUCAACAUAAUCAUGCAAACGAUCAAAUUGCUUAUCUAAGCAACGAAAUCGGCAACAAAAAAAAUAAAAACUGCAACAAUGUUUUAAACUACGACCAGGUUUACAGUGGCAACUCAAUUAACAACAAAAAGAUUAGUAACUAUGUGGAACAGUCGAAGGAAAACAUUUACGAAGAAAUAGAUACGUGUUUCACAAAACAAAAUAUGGUCGUUUAUCAACAUCUAGCUAAACUUUGUUGA